AUGCUUCAAAAUUCUGAUGUUUCAAAACGUCAUAGUAUUGAAAAUAACUUUAUUAAUACUAACACAACUAUUACUAACCCAUUAUUACCUGAAUUAUGUAUGUUACCUGAAGAUCCCGGAAAUUGUUUUGGAUCAGAACUUCGUUUUCGUUAUGAUUCUGAUAUAUCAUCAUGUGUGUCAUUUUUUUAUACAGGUUGUAAUGGUAAUGCAAAUCAUUUUACAUCUAUUGAAGCAUGUGAAAGAGCCUGUGGAAAGUAUAUGAAUGAAGAUGUUUGUCUUCUUCCAAAACAUUCUGGUAAUUGUAAUUCUGCAAAAAUUCCAAAAUUUUAUUAUGAUAAUGAAAAAAAUGAAUGUAUACUUUUCUUUUUUGGUGAUUGUCAAGGAAAUGGUAAUAGAUUUAGUACUAAAAGUGAAUGUGAAUAUUUAUGUAGAAAAGAAAUUAAAAAUAAAAAUAUUAUAGAAAAAGAAAAAAAUAUUUGUUUAUUGGAAAGAGAUAGUGGACCAUGUACAGAUUCAAUUUCACAAUGGUAUUAUGAUAAAAAUGAUAAAGUUUGUAAAAAAUUUACAUAUGGAGGUUGUAGAGGAAAUGACAAUCGUUUUGAUACAAAAGAAGCAUGUAAAAUUAGUUGUGAAAAUAAUAAAAUUAAUAUAAAAUCUGAAAGUUUAAUAUUAUCUUCCUUAAAUUAUUCUAAUUUUUUUAUUUGUUCAUUACCAAUGCAAAAGGGUUCAUGUCGUUCUGAAAUUCAAAUGUACUAUUAUAAUUCAACAUAUAAAAAUUGUCAAUUAUUUAAAUAUUCAGGAUGUGGAGGAUCAUUAAAUAAAUUUAAUACAUUAGAAGAUUGUCAAAAUGUAUGUAAUAAUAUAGAAGAAAUAAAUAGUGAAGAAAUAAUUCCUAUUGCAAAAGUUAAUGAAGAUGAAGUAAUUUAUAUAGGAAAUAUGUUUUCAAUAACAUGUAUAAUUAAUGAAAAAUUAAAAAAUAAAUAUAAUGACAAUCAUAUAACAUGGUACAAAAAUUCAAAAGCAAUUGAAUCUUCAAAAAAUAUAAUAUUUUUAGGAAAAUAUAAUGAAAUAAUACAAAUAAAUAGAUCAACAUUUAAUGAUACAGGAUUUUAUUCAUGUUCAAUUGGUGAAGAAGAAAUUGAAUCAAUGAAAGUGUACAUUUUUGUUAAUGCUCCAAUAAAACCAACAAAUUGUAAAGAUAUAGGUAACAAGGAAGUUUGUAUGAAAGCUUUUAAAAAUGGUCAAUGUCAAAAAAAAAGAUACAAAACUUUUUGUUGUGAAACUUGCAAGCAAUUUCAUUUUAAAUUUUAA